AUGGAAGAUAAACCUGAGCAAAUCCGAGAACAAGUAACAAGUGAGAAGAAGAAGGACCCGAAGAGAGUAGCCGCAGGAAAACGAUUAGCUGCAAUCAGCAAAAUAGCAAAGGAGAGGAAAAAGAAACUUGCGCAACCUAAGGAGACAUCAAGUAAUGAUAGUAUGAUUACCUACAUAGGAGUGGCCAUUGCACUGGUAUCUCUAGUGCUAGCAUUCAAGUCGCAUCAGAGGGAAACCAGGGAACCGGAACCUAAGCACGUAACUGAGACUGUCGAGAUAACUAGGAAAGUUGACGAGUCCAAGUUAGAUUCACUUGAAUGA